UCUUUCGGCAGCUCUGCUCUGUGAUUUUGUUCCUUGCGUAACAUGAUCGCAGCCUCUGCCCCUCCUUGUUUCUAUGGUUAAAGAGUGAAGCAGCACCACCCACCCCGCUCUGUCUUCACCACUCCCCCCUUCAUUCUGCACAGACAGGCGGGCUGAGAGGGGCAGCACAUUACAGGGCGCCGCGUGAAGACAAACACCGUCGUACUGAAAUGAGCUGUUACGGAAAUCCCCUCCAAGCUUUCCUCUUCAGGCUCGGGACGCUGAAAAUGUGAGAAGCAAAAGGCUGCGGCAUCACUCUGACAUCAGCUCUGCGGAGAGAAAACUUCAAAAAUCAAAACAGAGGCUCAUCUCCUGCAGACCCCUGUCCUGGAGAGCACUCCCGUCGCAUACCGUGCAUAUCUGUCCAUCACCGGGCCGAUGAGACGUUGACAGGACCGUGAAAAAGCCAUCAGGGGGAAGGGACGAAGGGAGGUAGCUAUACAGAACAAGAGCAAGCGUCCAGAGACAGAGGGAGAGCAGGGGUGGGGAGGAGAGGAUGGACGCCCUGCUUCCUGUGCUGAAGAGUCACCCAGGCCCGUCAGUGCUGGUGUGCUCUCUGCUUUUCAGGGUGGCCCACCGGUUGCUGCAAAGGCUGCCUGUGCCCAAAGUGGUGAAGGAGAAUGACCUCCGCUCCUGGAAAUGGAGGAACCUCUCUGUGUCAGUGUUGCACUCCCUGCUGACUGGGGCAUGGGCCCUGACCUGGGAGUGGACACGCAGAGAAACGUUUGCUGUUUGAGGUGUGCCCCUUUUGCCAACCAGCAUGUGGUGGUUUGGCCAGAGACGUUGAGCAACCUCCACUCUUACUACACCCCUCUCUCCUACCUGCUCGUCUGUGUCUCAACAGGAUACUUUGUGCAAGACGCAGGUGAUAUUAUCCUGACAGGACAUGGAAGAGGAUCAUGGGAAUUCUUACUCCAUCAUGCACUGGUGAUCUGGUGUUUCCUGUACGCCCUCUACACUCAUCUGUAUGUAGCCGGCGCUGUAGUAGCUCUCUUCGUAGAGGUCAACAGUGUCACCCUGCACCUGAGGCUGAUGCUGAAGCUGGCAGGCGCUCAGUCCACCUCCAUGUACCACAUCAACAAAUUCGCCAACCUGUUCACCUACGUCACAUUUCGUCUGAGCACCCAGUUCUACCUUACCUGGUACAUUGUCCACAAUUACUCCUGGCUGGACCGCAGUGGAUUAUUUCUCGUCUCCAUGAUGGUGAUGAAUAUUAUGAUCCUGAUUUAUUUCUACCGCCUGCUCCGUGCUGACUUCUUCUCUUGGAAUAAGAGCUCUGUGGGACAAAACGGGACACAUCACAACAACUCCAGAAAGUUUCUCAGUGAUUGACUGCAGAAGGUUUACAGAACUAUAUGUUUGUAUUUAGGGUGGGAGUUUACAUAUUUGUCUUAUUCAAACUAUAACUAACCAUUUCUCAUGACGACAUAACUAACCAUUUCCCUUGUUGUGUCUCACUGCCAAAGAUCAAACCCUUCAAAACAACUUUUGGUGGAACAAGAUGCAGCCUUGUUCAGAUGCUGCGUUCCAGAGAUGCUGGAAAGUCAGAAAUUUGCCUUUUUAUGGGGAAAAAUACAAUGCAAACAUUGCUUUAAUUGAAGCCGAAAUCCUGGGUCAAACUCUGGCGACAUUUCUCAAACCCUUGAGAUGUUACCACUUUUAGCAUAUUUACAGUUUAUUUUCAGUAUUGUGUAACUUUGAAGGAAUCAAUAGACAUUUUGGGAAAUAUCCUUAGAGGCUUGGCAAGAAUUAGAUGAGAAGACUGAUACCACUCUCAUGUGUGUAUGGUAUACGUGAAGCACCAGUUAGCAGCCGGUUAGCUUAGCUUAGCAUAAAGACUGGAAACAGAGGGAAGCAGCUAGCCUGGCUUUGUCCAACGAUAAAUCCUCUCGUAAAACCACAACUUGUUUUUUUACACUUCAGUUUUUGUACAAAUUAAACAAACGAUAUAUAACAUUUAUGCUAAGCUAAGCUAACUGACUACUGGCUAUAGCCUUAUAUUUAGCAUACAGACAUGAGAGUGAUAUCAAUCUUUUCAUCUAAUUCCAAGCAACAAGGCAAAUAUGUGUAUUUCCCAAAAUAUCAAACUAUUACUUUCAUUAGAUUACUUUUAUUACUUGACAUUUCAGCAUCAUGUAACAUUAAAGGAAUAGUUUGACAUUUUGGGAAAUAAGCUUUUUCACAGCUUUUUGAUUGAUACCACUAUCUGUACACUAAAUAUGAAGCUACAGCGAGAAGACAGAUGGUUAGCUUAGCUUAGCAUAAAGAGUGGAAACAGGGGGAAACAGCUAGUCUGGCUCUGCCUUCAGUUUUUGUACAGGUUAAGCUAGCUGUUUCCUCUUGUUUCCAGUCUUUUUGCUAAGCUAGCCAGCUGCUUGAUGUAGCUUUAGUGUACAGAUACAAGAGAGGUAUUAAUCUUCUCAUCAAAAUUCUGCAAGAAAGUAAAUAAGUGCAUUUACCAAAUAUGAUGAAGUAUUCUGUUAGUCUGUCAAAAAACCUGUGUGAUGAAUAGUUCAACACAUAAAUUUGAAAAGUUAAAUCGCAUUUAGCAGUUGCUAACACUCUUGGCUGACAACCUAGCUAUAUGUUGCCAUAUCUAUAAUAUUUGCAUAGGGAGUAGUGUUUUUAUAUAGACCCUUCCGGAGUGUAUGAACAACCUGCCAGCUGUGAUUUUCUGACACUGAACUUUGAAUUUUAGCAGCAACAGACUCGACUCGUAUUUGUGCAUGUGUAUACAGUACGUUCUGUCUCUAUGAUGCCAUAUGUGGCUGAAGAGAUACUGAGGUGUGACUGAACUGGCACAUAAGACACAAUGUUCUCAAUUUAACUGGUAACACACAAGAAUGCAGGACAAUGUAUGGUCCUCUUAUGGUUCUCAUAUGAAAUCUGUUGGUAUUUGACACAAGUGGGGCUGAAGCUGGAUCUUCCUGCCGUCUAACAGUUGGAUAAUUGAGCUCAUCAGGAAGUGGGCACCAUGAGAAACCCUUCAUAAUGAGCAGGCACAGCACAAUCAGUACUGAUAUUGCACAACCAGUAGUUAGACUUGUGUGGAGUAAUAGAAGAGCAUAGCCACUGUGUGUACCUUGUUUGCAAAAUGAUAAUAAUUUUACAGAAUAGAGCCCUUUUUUAAGAUAUUGAAUGAUGACCUUCAGGUUCUCCUCAAAAAUUGACAUAUAUGAAGCAUUUUGUAAAUAAUGUUAGAAAAAGUGCAUUCCUUUUUGAUAUAUAUCAAUAGUGCUUAUUUCCUAAUCAUGCCAUAAAUCAUAAGUGCCGAGAGUGUCAUUUACAAACCUAUUAAUCAAUAUAUUUCAUUUUCUAUCUAAACCAAUGCCAAGAAAGUCCAAACAGACAUGGACAGACAGCCUGUGACAGAUGUGUCUGAUCUGUGCUACAGUGCCUUUUCAAAAAUAAGAACAAAGCACAGAUAAAGAUAAUGUAUGAAUAAGAAAGUGUAGAUAAAGUGCAGAUGUCUGUAUGCUUUUGUAAAAUCUGGGCCAAGUAGAGACAAACAUACAGUAAAUCAAUUUGACCACGACCACAAUAAUGUAUCUUGUCUUAAAGUGACAGCUGUUUUUAGGAGUGCUGUGUUUUUGGAUGGUUGAGUGAUACCAUGAAUUAAAACAGUAUUUAAAAUCA